CAUGUUUCAAAUUCCGACAGUGCGAGCGAUACCGCGAUUGUUUUUUUCUGUGUUAAAACUGUGAAAACAUUUAUCUGUUGUGAUUAUAAGUAUCAACUAUUGUGAGUUAUUGUGAAACAUGGAUAGGGAAAUAUUACGUCAUCAUUGCCUAUGGCAGAAAAGCUGGACCGGUCCAUCGCCGUUAACGACGUCUCCUUGGAGUUUAUCCCCGCGAAGUUCCACCACCUCUCAUGCUCCGGGUUCUUACAGGCUGUCCAAAACCCCUAAACAGGUUAACAACAAUAUCAAACCUGCAAUCCGCCGUUGGAAAAGCGUUCCUUCUGAAAUUGGUCAAAGCCAGACAUAUGAGAGCGAGGUCCUUACAAUAGCGGAAAUUCUGGACAACAGACGGCAGCAGAGGAGAUACAGACGGAAACCAUGGACCGAAAAAGUGACCAUCAAACACAACACACACAAGUACAACAAAGAAUUUUACUACGGAAACUUUCUCCCGAGUGAUAUAACUGAUGCAAAACGCAGAACAAGAAAAUUUGUCACCAACUCCAAGUAUGGAGACAUUUAUGAAGUGAGAUACGAUGUUGACAAGAAGACCAAGAAAGAGCCUCAGCCUUUUUCUCGCUGGCUCUGGGAAAAAGAAUACAAUGUGUGGUUAACAGACAAAGACCGCAUCGGCAAUAACCCUGGUCAUACCUCGCAGCUGGAAAGGACGACUCCCGUCAGGAGUAAAACCCCCACCACCACCAGCAGUACGCAGUCCAAGAGCAGGACCGAUUCUUAUUCUAAAUCUGUCACAUCCAGUCGGAAUCUAAGAUCCUCCCAAAAAACCGCACCAAAUCCGGAUUUGUAUGCAAGCUAUCAUUCUCAUCGUCUGCAACAACGCCGACGUCAUGACGCAGCCUGCCUGAUCCAGGCCGUGUACCGGGGCUGGUUCGUCAGACGCUUCGUGCAGAACCUCAAACGAAAGAUUCGUCUGGAACACCUCUCCUCCUGGGAAAAGUUUGUGAAUGAAUACAAAGACCUGAUAAAACGGGUUCAAGAACGGUAUGGCAUUAGGAAGCCACAUUGUGCUGUGGAUCUGAAGGAGAUGCAAGCCUUCCUCGACAGCAAACUAAGGUAUGAGCAGACUUUCAGGAGACUUGCAUUUGGUGACCGUCUCCUGAAGGAAGAGUUACCGCAAUUCUUCACAGAAUGUGAUCUCCAUCCCACUGAACGCGAGAUUCAACAGGCAUUCGAAAAAGUUUUCAAAGGUGGAAAUAAUACGGCGGAGGUUAUGUUUUUGCUUGAUUGUUCCACGAGCGUUACCCCAAUGUGUUUUCACCACUUGACCCAGUUUGUGAAGAGUGUGGUCGAAUCGUUUACCAUCGGUCCCGACAAUGUCCGAGUUGGCGUAAUUCCAUACAGUGAUGACGUAUAUCAAACGUUCGGAAUCAACAGAUACAACCUGACUCACCAAAUCUGUGCAGCGAUUGACAACAUCAAUCACAGAGAGGGGUUAACAAGGACAGAUCUUGCCUUAAAAGAGAUGAAGAAAAUGUUCAUGUGUGCCAGACCAGGUGUUCAGAAAAUAGGUAUCGUAAUCACCGACGGAAAAUCCUCUUCUCCCGAGAGAACUUUACAGACCGCACGCCAUGUUCGAGAGGAUAAUGUCAACAUACUCACCAUUGGCGUUGGGAGUCAGGUGGACUUGGGGGAACUGAGACACAUUGCGUCAUCCGAGAGCAACGUGUACAGCGUGUACGAUUAUAGCUGUAUACACAGACUGACUGACGUUAUAGCCAGAAGAACGUGCCUAGCUGCUUGUGUUUUGUGCCAAACUAUUCUUCCUCGUAUACGAGAUAGCGGACUGUUUUUACGAGAGGUUUUGGAACUUGUAUGGACUCUGUAUCUGCCCAUUGGAUGUGAAAUUUCUUGGUAUACAGAAAUCGAAUAUGACGAUAAAGAAUCCCUCCAUAAGUUUGGUGAAAACUGUCGGCCGUUGGAGCGACGGGAAGUCAUGGAAGUUCUCUGGACAACCUAUCCCCCGGCGGCCACUAAACUUAAUGUCCGGUCAUCUCGCUGGGUACGCCCAAUGUCAAAAGGCACUGAAGCCUGGACUUUACUUGAUGAAAAAGUCAAGAAGUCAACAGACAUCAACACUUGCCUAAGAUUUGUGAUCCAAACCAAAAUAGAGCGAGAGGGAUUUAUAACUCUCCCCUCCAAUGUCCGAGAGGGGGUGGAGCAGGUGUCGGACCCUGAUAUCGCCCUGGACAGAGUCAAUAAAUGGAUAGCACAAAAACAAAAAGAGGGGGAGACAUUUAAAGGAUUAAACUGAGAGUUACAGGAUACACAUGUAUAAACAUUAUGUACCAGUCUUGUUUGUAUAUAGACACCUUAUUUCAUCAUGUUACACAGCUAAUAAUCAAGUUGUAAACCUUUCUGUGAUAACUCUGGUCUCCAUCUUCACCAUGUUGGUAAUACACCUACAUAUUUCAUCUUCACCAUGUUGGUAAUACAUCUACAUAUUUUCAAAUGUUUUUAAGACACAGAUUUCUCUUCAUGAAUAAAACCUGCAAAAACUUUUAACAAUUAAGAUUUUGUACCAAAAUGAUAUUUAUAUACUGAAAAGUUUGUACAUAAAACACUAGCUAUUGAUUUUCACACAGCAUACAUAUACGUAGAGCUUCAAUCACUGGCUGAGUUUAAUAAUUUUAAAUAUAACGUAGAGCUUCAAUCACUGGCUAAGUUUAAUAAUUUUAAAUAUAGUGUAAGGUAAAAUCAUGAACACAGCUUUCAAGUGGUUGUUGUCAGUGUUACUCCAAUUCUUGCUAUAAAAAAAAUAUGGCAAAAUAUCCCUGAUCAACCAGAGGACUCCAUCCUGAUGAUCCGUAAUGUCAUGGUAGGCACUUGACAAUAUCGUGACAGUCCAAAUAAGUUGAGCAUCAUAUUUCCUGAUGCAUACUCCAGCAUGAAUUUGGUUUCAUUAAUUAAAUCCAAUGCUAUUUGAUCACUUCAACACUGCAGACACAAAUUCUUGCACAAAUUUAAAGAAUUCCAUUUCCGGUGAUGACAUGAGAGCUGUCUGGGAUAUCGAGCGACCCAGAAUGUUAGGGGUGGCGGCCAUCUUUGGGCUGGUUUGUCGAUGGGUGGAGCCUGGGGAGGGGGAUGUGGGGGCUCCGCGCUUUAAGUACCGCUGGAGUUCCAUUAGAAAGUAGUUCUGUGGAGAAGCAUAUCAUAUAACGAGUCAUAUCUCAAUGCUUACCACAUCUAUCAAGAUCUAUGUUACCAUCUAUUGUAUUUAAAUGUUAAAAAAAUAAAUAUUAAAUACUUCUUUCUUCA